AUGGGGCCUUGUGACUCCAGCCUGGGGCCCCGAGAGGCAGAGUCAACCUCAAAGCCACCCAAGAGGAAGAAGAAGAGAUACCUGCGACAUGACAAGCCCCCGUACACCUACUUGGCUAUGAUCGCCUUGGUGAUUCAGGCUGCACCCUCCCGCAGGCUGAAGCUGGCCCAGAUCAUUCGUCAGGUCCAGGCCAUGUUCCCCUUCUUCAGGGAUGACUACGAAGGCUGGAAGGACUCCAUCCGCCACAACCUUUCCUCCAACCCGUGCUUCCGCAAGGUGCCCAAGGACCCUUCGAAGCCACAGGCCAAGGGUAACUUUUGGGUGGUGGAUGUGAGCCUGAUUCCGGCCGAGGCACUGCGGCUGCAGAACACUGCUCUGUGCCGGCGCUGGCAGGACCACCGUGCACACAGAGCCUUUGCCAAGGACCUCAGCCCCUAUGUGCUUCAAGGCAGGCCUUACCCCCCGCCCAGUCCCCCACCACUCCCGAGGGAGGGCUUCAGCAUCAAGUCCCUGCUAGGGGAUCCCAAGGAGGGGGUAAGCUGGCCCCAGCAGUCCACCCAGGUCAGACAGAGCAGCCCAACUCAAGCAGGCACAGGGUCCCCUAGGGAGGAGGUGGUACCCACCCCACCCCUGUCCUCUGAGAGGCCUCUGUGGCCCCUCUGCCCUUUCCCAGGGCCCACUAGAGUAGAAAGGGAAACUCCACAGGGGCCAGUCAUUCGGCCAUCACCUCUCUCCCCAGAGCCCAGUACCUGGCCCCUCCACUUACUGCAGGAUACCCCAGACCCUGAGGGACUGUCCAGCAGGAGACAAAGGGCCUCUCUGUGGGGACAGCUGCCUACCUCCUACUUACCCAUUUAUACUCCGAAUGUGGUAAUGCCUUUGGCCCCACUACCACCCACCUCCUGUCCUGGGUGCCCACCUUCAAGUAAUCCAGCCUACUGGGGGGUAGCUCCUGAAUCCCAGGGGUCCCAGGGGCUGCUCUGGGAUCUGGACUCUCUCUUCCAGGGAGUGCCACCCAACAAGAGCAUCUAUGAUGUAUGGGUUAGCCACCCUUGGGACCUGGCUUCUUCUGCCCCAGGCUGGCUGCUCUCCUGGUACAGCCUUUGA